UCAACCCAAUCCACGACUCACUAAGCCGAUGUAGCAUCGCCGCUCCACCGUAGAGUAAACAAGUGCAUUGUCGAGCGACUUCCACUGGAGUAUGGCGUUAAACUUCCAAAAAUUGAACACCUGGCACUGACUCAAACACCUCCAAAAUGUACAGACCACUGACAGAGCCCAGUCUAGCGUUCAAGUACUUCCAGAUAUUCCUUGUAGUUGGCGCCUAUUGGUGCGUAUCUAUCUUGACGGUGUUCGUGAACAAGGCUCUGCUGAGUGGAACUGAUGUAAACUUGGAUGCGCCGCUGUUUGUAACAUGGUUUCAGUGCCUCGUGUCAACGGCCAUUUGCUACUCAAUGAGCAGAGUUGCAAAAUUAUUUCCCAAUUUGGUGUCUUUUCCACAAGGGAAUCCCCUCGACAGGAAUACGAUUAGGAAUGUCAUUCCACUAUCAAUUCUAUUCACCGCAAUGAUAUCCACGAAUAACUUAUGCUUGAAAUACGUUGGCGUGGCAUUUUACUACGUAGGACGAUCCCUAACCACCGUUUUUAACGUAAUCUUAACAUUCGUAUUGCUAAGACAAAAGACAAGCUUCCAGUGCAUCUUAUGUUGCGCAGCAAUAGUUUUUGGCUUCUGGCUAGGAGUUGACCAAGAAAGCCUGACAGAUUCAUUUUCGUGGAAGGGUACGAUUUUCGGAGUGCUAGGAUCAUUAAGUUUGUCUAUGUAUUCGAUUUAUACCAAAAAGAUUUUGCCAUUUGUUAACCAAGAAGUUUGGUUGCUGAGCUACUAUAAUAACUUUUAUUCAAGUAUCCUUUUUAUUCCGCUGAUUGUGAUUAACGGCGAAGUGCCAGUUAUUUUUGAUUAUCCUAAUUUGGAUGAGUCGUGGUUCUGGUUCGCUAUGGUCGUGGGCGGCGUUUGUGGAUUUUCAAUUGGAUUCGUAACAGCAUUACAGAUUAAGGUAACAUCACCAUUAACACAUAAUAUAUCUGGCACCGCCAAGGCAUGUGCACAAACGGUCAUGGCCACACAAUGGUUCCACGAGACGAAAUCAUUCCUUUGGUGGCUAUCCAAUUUCAUAGUUUUAGCUGGCAGCGCUGCCUACACUAGGAUUAAGCAACUCGAGAUGAAGGCCCAACAUGAAAGUCAAGCUCGCUCGACGAAAAUAUAAAUCGGAUUUAGGUACAAAA